CCCAUCUAUUCAAUCAUGGCUCCAACAAAAGAAGCAGAAAGACCAUCUAAAAUAAAGGAAAUUACUGAAUCAGAAGAAGAAGAACCAAGCAAGUCGAAAAAAUCCUCAUCAAAAGACAAGAAGAGUAAAAAGUCAAAGAAGAAGAGAUCUUCAAAAUCCAAUAGUCUUGUUCCUUCAGAUCAAUUGUCAGGGCUAACUGAUGGCGUCAUUGGAGGAGGCCAACAACAACAACAACAACAACAAGGUGGUGGUGGUAAAGGCGGACAGCAACCAUUAAGUUUGCGUCUUGAUCUUAAUCUUGAUGUCGAAAUUACCUUGAAGGCUAGAGUUCAUGGUGAUGUGACCCUUGCUUUAUUGGCUUAAUUUACUAUUAUUAUUGUUAUGUUAUACG